CAGGAGGAAGCUACAACCGGCUUGAGAAUAUGCUGUUCCUCCCUCCCCUUUUCACCAUGGACCCCACACUGUGGCCCUUCUCUCAGAACCUCUGAGAUUGGUACCCAGCCAAGGCACAAUGCCCAUGUCCCCAACAAGACUGCCUAGUCCCUAUGGCUCUGAUCGGCUGGUACGGCUAGCAGCCAGGCUCCGACCAGCACUAUGUGAUACCCUGAUCACAGUGGGGAGCCAGGAGUUCCCUGCCCACAGCCUGGUGCUGGCAGGUGUGAGCCAGCAACUGGGUCGCAGGGGUCGCUGGGCUCUGGUGAAAGGUAUCAGCCCUUCCACCUUUGCCCAACUUCUGCACUUUGUUUAUGGGGAGAGCCUAGAGCUGCAACCUGGGGAACUGGGGCCCCUUGAGGAGGCAGCCAGAGCGUUAGGGGUGCAGUCCCUGGAAGAGGCAUGCAAGAGGGCUCGAAGAGAUACGGCCAGAGAAGAGAUGGGUCCAGGGCUGAAGGAACAACAGGAGGAGCCAGAGAAACUCACAAGGGAUUCUAUGAGAGGAGUGGGGGGCUUUGGAGAGAAGCAGAGACCACAGAAGUUUGUUAGAGCUGGUGGGAAAGAACAGGAGACGUUGCACAGGCACAGGCCACCAAGAGAGAGCCCUGAGAUGGCAGAGGCAACUCUGGAGGAUCAAGGGGAGCAGAUGAGACCAGAGGAGAAACUCAACCAAUCCCCUGUUGGCCGCGGAGGAGUAGAUGGGAAGCAAGAAGUGAUCAUGUGGGUGAGGGACAGUCCAGGGGGCUCUGAGGAAAGUCUGCGGGAGUUCCCUGGCCCCCUUCCCCCACCAGGUUCCCUCCAAACCGGCAUCACCCCUAGGCCCUGGUGGGCUGAGGCCCCUUGGUUGGGGGAGGGCCAGCCUGCCCUGUGGAGCAUCCUGCUGUUGCCGCCCAGAUAUGGCACUCCCUUCUCCGAUAGCACCCCCAUGACUGCAGCCCGGCAGGAGGUCUGGCUUCGGGACCAGAGGAUCCCACUGUCCCUGAACCUCCACAAAGGCCUCUGGAGCCAGAACCAGUUGGCCUCCUGCAGCCCCACCCCAGGUUCCCUCCCCCAGGGCCCCACACAGCUCAGCCCUGGGGAGAUGGAAGAGUCUGAUCAGAGGCACACAGGUGAACUUGCAACUUGUGUGGGUCUUGUGGGCACAGCAAGCCACCCAUCUCACCAACACCCUCCCCCACCCCCUCCUGCUCGGUCUCGGCCCUAUUCUUGUUCUGUCUGUGGAAAGAGGUUUUCACUCAAACAUCAGAUGGAGACGCACUACCGUGUCCACACAGGAGAGAAGCCCUUCUCCUGUAGCCUCUGUCCCCAGCGCUCCCGGGACUUCUCAGCCAUGACCAAACACCUGCGGACGCACGGGGCCGCACCCUACCGCUGCCCUCUGUGCCAGGCCGGCUGCCCCAGCCUGGCCUCCAUGCAGACGCACAUGCGCGGCCACUCGCCCAGCCAGCUCCCGCCGGGAUGGACCAUUCGCUCCACCUUCCUCUACUCCUCCUCCUCCUCCUCCUCGAGGCCAUCUCGGGCUUCGACCUCUCCCUGUAGGCCCCCUUCCUCAACCACCUGACAGGGUGUCAGUAGCUUCUUUGGCUUCAGCCAAGCGUACAGAAUGAAAGAUGGGCCGGCGGGCCUGCUAGGCUUCUGACCUCGCACCGCGGCUACGGCAGCCUAGCAAACUCUGCUCCAAGAAGCGUCGCAGAAAGGGCGCCAAGAGCCCUCUCCCAGAUGACCACGGGCCACAGAAACCUGGGCCAGCGAGCCCGUGUGGGGUGAGGGCAGUGAAGUGUGCACGAGUGAAGGUUAACUGUGCGGGGACCGGCAGUUCAUCACCAAAAUAAAGAGUUUCCUGUGCCCUCCUCUCGGGACCA